AUGUCUUCUGUCAUCAAAAAUGUGGCCUAUAUUUGUUUAAAAAAAAAGUCAAAAACAUGGGGAAAAGAGGAUUGGCAAAAAAUUGUUGUGUUAAUAGUUGCAGAUGGUUUUAAUAAAAUUAAUGAAUAUACUCUAAAUGUCCUGAGUCUUAUAGAUUGUUAUCAAGAUGGAAUUAUGCAAAAAUAUAACAGAGGUAAAUCUGUUACUGCACAUCUUUUUGAAUAUACUAUACAAUUAAUG